AUGAUCAGUACUAAGAAACUCAGCAGAGUAGCAAGGAAGUGGCAGAAGCUGGCCCCUUUGAGACAUAGAAGAAUCUCGUUGGGAGGCACCAAUGCAUGGAGCUGCAACACAUCACCAGUGGCUGAUAAGGGCCACUUUGUGGUGUACACUUCUGAUAGAAUACGCUUUGUAGUUCCCUUGGUUUAUCUUGACAAUGUUAUCUUCAGAGAGCUCUUUCAAAUGGCAGAAGAGGAGUUUGGGCUGCCAGGAAAUGGCCCUAUCAUACUGCCAUGUGAUGCAGUUUUCAUGGAGUAUGCAGUCUCUUUGAUUCAAAGACAUGUAGCUAAAGAUCUCGAGAAAGCAUUGCUCAUGUCCAUAGCUGCAGAUCGCUGCUCAUCAUCUUCAUAUUUCCAUCAAGAUCAAUCCAACCCACAGUUACUGAUUUGUGGCUUUUGA